UGUGCAGCACUACAGUUGAUUCAGGGCCAUGUGGGGAACUGUGCGAACAAGACUGACUAACAAGAAUAUGAUAAGAGCUGUUUGUACCAGGCUGUGAUCUUUGUAGUAAAUUAGGAGGAAAUAAUCAGAUUACAACCACAACAAAGGCUGGACAGCAUUUCAAAAGACAAACACCCUGCUUGCCAGAAAGACUCAAGGUCGUCCAGGUGAACCUGACUCCUGGAGGCUCCGCAGGGUGGAGAGCAGCAGUAAAACCUCCGGUCGGACGUUUAAAGAGGCGGCUGAUCAACAGCAGAUGAAGACGAGGGCGCUCCGAUUGCAGCGUAGCAUGUCGCUGGUUUUUAUAAAGGGCGAGUGAAGCCCAGAGACACGGCGCCGUGGAUCUCAUAAAUCAGCAGGGACUACAAGACAUGAUAUCUCUGCCUCUCCGGAUUCAGCUGCAACCACUCUGUAUUGACUGCACCAACUAUAUACCGAGACUGUCUGGGAUCCUCCUCCUCCUCCUCUUCUUCUGCAGGUUUUACUGUUUGCGGUCGGACCAAGUGUAUUUACCUGGUGAUGAAUCUGAAAAGACGAGCGGGCGGACGGUACACACAGCCGAGGUGAAGACACAAGAGACGCUGGACCACCAUGCUCUCUGCACACAUAGACCUGUCCUCCCUGUGUGGACGUCAAACAACCCAAAUAUUUUCACCUUUUGUGUCCAGCGAGAGACUUAGACUGUCAGGCGGGAGAGAGGGGGCUGAAAUUCUUCGGUUUGAGGUCAUCCGCUGCUGCGAAAAUCUGCUGAAGCAACAAAAGUACACUUCUCAGGUUUAAAUAAACUUUCCUCUCAUUUAAAACCUCUGAGAGCUGCGGCUCAUUGUGACCACGCUGACACCUGCUGGUGAGCUGCUGAAACUACAGCCGAAUGGAACCUCAGAGCAGUGUGGGCACAAGAGAAGGGCGGCUGUGGAUCUUUUUGCAGAUGCCUCCAAAACCUCUGGCGCCUCUGGCCAAGAAGCUGAUGAAGGGAGUGAUCGCUCUGGAGCUGGCGGGCGUCUUCGGGGUGUACGGUCUUUUUCACAUGAUGAACAACAGUCGAGACUUCAGGAACACCAUGAACAGAAGGUUCCCAUCAGUGUUAGAAGUUUACUACCAGUCCAACGAGUGGGCGGGGGUCUACGGCAUCCGAGAGGGGGACCACCAAGCCUGGUCGGCCAAACAGGACUGAAGCUGUCAGUCAGUUGAAGUUUACCGAUGGUCUACUUCUUCCUCUUCUUACUCC